GUCAUAAUAAUAUUUAUAUAAAGCAACACCGAAAUGGCGAAUGUAAUAAAGUUGUGCGUUGGCUUUGUUUUCUAAUAAAAACAAUUCGCUGUUACCAUAAGUUUAUUAGUGACGUACAAUCCGAAGGCUUACAGAGGACUACAAUGGAAGAUUUUGGUAUUUCUGAUGAGACAUUUGGUUUACAAGAAACUGAUAGUGAAAAACCUUACAUAAAGCUUGCCGGCUUGAACGCUCGCAGUAGCACGUUCCUUGUGAAAAUUGCUAAUCCCAGGAAUAUUUUGGUGGAAAGUCUUAGCAAGGAAGAGAUAAGGGUAGGAAACGAAGUGAUUAUUCCUUUGAAAGUUCUAGAAGAAGCGGGUGAAGGCGAACUUGAGGCGGAAAUCAUCGCACCUGGAAACGUCGUCGUCGAAUCCAGCUUUGUUGAACGAAAGGAAAACUUGCAUCAUUUGAGGUUUGUACCUGCGGAGCCUGUUGAGUACAUCAUUAAGCUCUUCUUCAAUGGAAAAGAAAUUGGAGCAAGCUUACCAGGAUCAACCGUUGCAGAUCCCGGGAAGGCUGUAGCCCACGGUGAAGGUCUCUAUCAGGUGCGACUUCAUGAGCAAGUGGAAUUUUUGGUUAGCCUGCAUGGUGCAGGAAAGGGCCAACUUGCAAUAACGGCUGUUUCUCCGUUUGGAGAAACGGUCCCCGUGCAAAUAAAACCAUUGGAAAGCGAAGCAGACACGUACGUCAUCUACUACACUCCACAAGAAAUAGGCGAUCACAAGAUCUUCGUCAAAUUUGCCGGCGUGAACGUUCGCGGUAGUCCGUUCGUUGUAAAAGUUGCAGAUCCCAGCAAGGUUCUGGUGCAAAAUCUUAGUGAGGAUGAGAUGACGGUUGGAAAUGAAGUGAUUAUACCUUUGGAAGUUCUAGAAGAAGCGGGUGAAGGUGAACUCGAGGCGGAAAUUCUCGCACCAGGAAACGUCACCGUCGAAUCCAGCUUUGUUCAACGAAUGGACAACUUGUAUCAUUUAAGGUUUGUACCUACGGUGCCUGGAGAGUAUGAAAUCAAAAUUCUCUUCGGCGGCGGCUUGGUUCCAGGUCAACCCAUGAAAGUGGACGUCACAGAACUGUACAUCUCUCCAGAUGCUUCCAAAUGUAUUGUUUACGGAGAUGGAUUAAAAGAAUGUGAUGUGAAUAAGCCGGGGGAAUUCACAGUCGAUUGCCGCGAUGCUGGUGAAGGGCUUAUUACAUCCACACUGCAAGGAGUGCAAUAUACUACUAUGUAUGUGAAAGUAGAAGAUAAUGGGAAUGGCACAUACGAUUGUCGAUAUGUCGCUUCUAUCCCGGGUACUUAUGCCCUACAUGUGCUCUUUGAUGGUGACAAUGUCCCGGGAAGUCCUUUCACAGUGGAGAUCGUUGGUGAGCCAGAAUUAUCACAGUGCACCGUUGAAGGCAAAGCUCUCACCACUGGUGGCUUUGUUGAUGAACCCAUCAAAUUAACCGUUAUUACAGGAUCCUCGGACACUGGUGUUUUAGCUGUACGUUGUGACGGGCCUAGUAAAGACUGCGAUGCAAAUGCUCAAGACAAUCAUAAUGGCACUUAUACGUUAAUAAUUCAUCCGACGGAGAGUGGACUUCACUCGAUACACAUUGAAUGGGGAGGACAACCCGUCCAGGGAAGCCCGUUCGAAGUGAACGUGGUAGACCGUCCAAAUGCCACAAAUAUUGUCGCCGUUGGUCCAGGUGUCGAGAACGGCGUCAUCAAAGAUUUCGAAGGGAAAUUCGUGAUCGACACUAAAGGCGCUGGGGCCGGCGCCCUUAAGAUAAAAAUUCGCGGCCCCAAAGCUUUCGAUUUGAAAUGUAUUAAAAAAAAGCUGAAAGACCGCAACGUUGCAGUGGAGUAUAGCCCAUCUCAGGCUGGUCAAUACGACAUAAGCGUCACGUGGUUAGGCGAAGAUAUAUCCGGCAGUCCUUACACGGUUUACAUAGCGGAGUCUACAAAAGAUGUAUGGGACUCUCGACUUUAAUGGUUAUGCAGAUAAUAAUGCCAACUUGUGUCUAUAUAUACAUUAUACGUGUCACUCUUUCGUUUAUUUUCUAGGAGUGACGAAUGCAUAAAAUUUCGUUAAUGAUUAGGUGCAAUAGGAAAAAUAUUUUUUACACACCUUUCGUUGUUAAAAAUACUUAAAGACAUUACGUGCUACCAAGCAACUGUGAUUCGAAUGUGCAAUAACACAACUGAGACGUACAGCGGACUUAGAUAAAACAAAUUUAAGACUUAACGCAGAAAACAACGAACGACAAUCGAUUUUCACGGAGAAAUAUUUUGGUAUUUAUAGCAAUGAUUGUUACGUAAGUUGCACAACAAGUCGCAAAAAUAAUCUCAUAUAGCUUUUAUGUAUUAUUUAUAAUAAACUGAUAUAAAUAUAUAACCUUAUAGUGUUCAACACAGAUCGCAUAUGUUAACUAUGUCAAAUAGAUAAGCACUAUCUUUUUCAUAAUUACUUAAUUGCCGAAAAUGAUUUAAUAAACGGCUGAAGCUUUCAA